AUGGAACUCGUCGUCCGUACACCACAUAGACAGCUAACGCUGGAGCUAACGCACGUCGCGUACGUCAAAGGCUUCUUAACCAGCGUCUUAGGACUCGCUCGCUGCCAAUUAGAGUUGAUCCACUUCAACUCUAGCCGCGACGUCCUGUACAUGCAUUAACUAACCAACGUCAUCACACAACUUGAAUACAAUGGAGGACACUAGCUGAUUGAUGCUGAGCCAUCACGCCGACCGCCGCUGUCGCUUCUCCACUCACCGCUGAGUACGUUUAGGGCAUCAUAUUGCCCAUCGUACGCGCCAAAGCCUGCAAACGUUGUUGAUUGACGCGAUGCUCAUCAAAUCUGGGGCUACCUAGGUUAAAAGGCAGUCGACCAGCUUGAAUUAAACGUUACUGGCGUCUAACUGACAGGAGACUACAUGGACUGUCUCUGCCAAACCUGCACCGAAGCUCGAAUGACUCACAUCAUCUCAAGGCGCCCGGCUGAGAGCCGUGCACAACGACCAUUCUAUCGAAUUGCGAUAGACCUGAUCUACAUUAUCCCUGUGGGAGAGGAGUGUAUCAACGGCAGCAAGUACGCCCUCCACUCUAUGGACGAAUACUCAAAGUGGCAUGAAAUAGCCACAAUCAAGCGAAAGGACAAGCCAACGCUCACACGCUGGUUCAUGGCCUCUCCGUAUGAACAGCUGCGCGUAUGGCCCCGGAGGGGGCAUCUGCGCGCGAACCCUGCCACCUGAUUGGCUAGCUAGCCCUCGCCUCACGAAAACCCGCCAGGCCUGGGGCCAUCUGCGCGGGGCCAUCUGCGCGCGAUCGAACCCUGCAACCCUGAUUGGCUAGCUAGCCCUCGCCUCACGAAAACCCGCCAGGCCCAGGGCCAUCUGCGC